GACUCACGGCCCAUCCCUUCUCUCCGACGCCGCCCGCCCGCGCAGAGCUCACUCCAUGGCUUAGCGGAGGAGGCGGUGGCGAGCGGGGGGAGGGGGACUCUUAUUUUGUUAGGGGGACCGGGCCGAGGCCCGACUGGCCUGGCAGGGCUCGCCCGGGGCCGGGCGUCAUGUCUCAUGCGGCCGAGCCAGCUCGGGACGGCGUAGAGGCCAGCGCGGAGGGCCCUCGAGCCGUGUUCGUGCUGUUGGAGGAGCGCAGGCCGGCCGACUCGGCCCAGCUGCUCAGCCUGAACUCUUUGCUUCCGGAAUCCGGGAUUGUUGCUGACAUUGAAUUAGAAAACAUCCUUGAUCCUGACAGCUUCUACGAACUCAAAAGCCAACCCCUCUCACUACGCUCAAGCCUCCCAAUAUCACUGCAGGCCACACCAGCCACCCCAGCUACACUCUCUGCAUCAUCUUCUGCAGGGGGCUCCAGGACCCCUGCCAUGUCGUCAUCUUCCUCAUCGCGGGUCUUGCUGCGGCAGCAGCUAAUGCGGGCCCAGGCCCAGGAGCAGGAGAGGCGUGAGCGUCGGGAACAGGCUGCAGCCUCUUCCUUCCCCAGUCCUGCACCUGCCUCUCCUGCCAUCUCUGUGGUCGGCGUCUCUGCUGGGGGCCACACAUUGGGCCGUCCUCCCCCUGCUCAGGUGCCCAGGGAGGUGCUCAAGGUGCAAACCCAUCUGGAGAACCCGACGCGCUACCACCUGCAGCAGGCACGCCGGCAGCAGGUGAAACAGUACCUGUCCACCACCCUUGGGCCCAAGCUGGCUUCUCAGGCCCUCACCCCACCACCGGGGGCUGCCAGUGCCCAGCCACUCCCCGCCCCCGAGGCUGCCCACACUACUGGCCCCACAGGCAGUGCUCCUAACAGCCCCAUGGCACUGCUCACCAUCGGGUCCAGCUCAGAGAAGGAGGUAAGUGGCUGCAGACAACCCUCCCCUGCUCCCCACCUCCAACUUCUUCUAACCCUCUCCCAUAUUUCCUUCUUCCCCCAGAUUGAUGAUGUCAUUGACGAGAUCAUCAGCCUGGAGUCCAGUUACAACGAUGAGAUGCUCAGCUAUCUGCCCGGAGGCACGGCAGGCCUGCAGCUCCCCAGCACGCUGCCUGUGUCAGGGAAUCUGCUUGAUGUGUACAGUAGUCAGAGUGUGGCCACGCCGGCCAUCACCGUCAGCAACUCCUGCCCAGCCGAGCUGCCCAACAUCAAACGCGAGAUCUCUGAGACGGAGGCCAAGGCCCUUUUGAAGGAGCGACAGAAGAAAGACAAUCACAACCUAAUUGAGCGUCGCAGGCGAUUCAACAUUAACGACAGGAUCAAGGAGCUGGGCACCCUCAUCCCUAAGUCCAGUGACCCGGAGAUGCGCUGGAACAAGGGCACCAUCCUGAAAGCCUCUGUGGAUUACAUCCGCAAGUUGCAGAAGGAGCAACAGCGCUCCAAAGACCUGGAGUGCCGGCAGCGAUCCCUGGAGCAAGCCAACCGCAGCCUGCAGCUCCGAAUUCAGGAGCUAGAACUGCAGGCUCAGAUCCAUGGUCUGCCGGUACCUCCCACCCCAGGGCUGCUCUCCCUGGCCACAACUUCAGCCUCUGACAGCCUCAAGCCAGAGCAGCUGGAUGUUGAGGAGGAGGGCAGGCCAGGCGCGGCAACGUUUCAUGCAGGGGGGGGACCUGCCCAGAGUGCUCCCCAUCAGCAGCCCCCAGCACCACCCUCGGAUGCCCUUCUGGACCUGCACUUUCCCAGCGACCACCUGGGGGAUUUGGGGGACCCCUUCCACCUUGGGCUGGAGGACAUUCUGAUGGAGGAGGAGGAAGGGGUGGUGGGAGGACUGUCAGGGGGUGCCCUGUCCCCACUGCGGGCUGCCUCUGACCCCCUGCUCUCUUCGGUAUCCCCUGCUGUCUCCAAGGCCAGUAGUCGCCGCAGUAGCUUCAGCAUGGAAGAAGAGUCCUGAUCAGGCCUCACGCCUCCCCUGGGACUUCCCCACCCAGGAAAGGAGGACAAGUCAGGAUGAGGCCCUGCCUUUUCCCCCACCCGCCCAUGAGACUGCCCUGCCCAGGUGUUCUGGGGGAAGAGAUGUGAUGAGGCCCCACCCCGGUAACCAGCCAAGGAGGAGGAGUCAGAUGAGGCCCUGCCCCUUCCCCACAGGACCUGCUGGUGCAGGUAUUUCAGCCAUGGAGAAGGCAGUGACAUCAGGGCCUGUCCACUGGAGAUCACAGCCUCGUGCCUGCCCCAUGGGACCCACCCUUGCCCAGGUGACGGAAGGAGACAGGAUGAAGUCAGCCCAUGUCCUCUAGCGACUGUCCUAGCCAGGUCUCCUGGGAUCAGGAGGUGUCAGGAUACUGCUCCAUCCCCUCUCUUGGAACCAUCAGUCUAGUCCAUCCUGGCAAGGAAGAGGAGUCAAAAUGAUGGAAGUCCCACCCUGGGGGUUUAAGCCCUGCCCCUUCCCUAUAGGAACAGCCCCGUGCAGGUAUUUCAGGUGUGGAGGAGUCAGUAAGAUCAGGCCAUGGAGCGGAGAUCACAUCCUUGUCCCUUAGCAACAUCCCAUGCCAUCCAAGCAUUCCACACUGCAGGGAGGAGUGCUAUGUAAGCUCCCCUGCCUUAACCUGGGACCAACGGGACCUAAGCCAGGAGGACUCUGAGCCAACCUUGCCCUUGGAGAAGGGGGCAGAUCUUGAAAUCUUGUGGGUUGACAUUCCAGACCUAGAUCAGGAGUGAGAGUUAGACUCCCACCCUUGGGCGGAGUCCUGCCUCCUUCCUUGAAGGGCAGUUUAGGGAGGUGAUGGGGAUUAGGGGGUACUGAGUCCAGGUUCCCAGAACCAGCACCGCAGUACUCUUCAUCAUGUAGAGGAACAGGAUGAAGGAAAGGGCCUUUCCGGGAAAGGCCCAGGGAAAAGUGGAAGCCUGUCCCACCAAGGCAGAGGCUUGGAGGGAGGGUUGCAACAGCAUAUGUCCCUCCUCUUUUGUUAAUCUGAUUUUUUAUUGACAUCCUACUCCAGCUAAGUCACCCCCAACCUCCAGCCUCCACCCAGUUCUCCAUUUGGAGGAAUCUUCCCCAUUUCAGAGUUAUCAAGAGACAUUCCCUGCCCAUCCCCACCCCUCCUACCACGUAUACCCAAGAUUGUCAGCUUUGGAUUGUUGGGGCCAAGCCCCAAGGAGGGUGUACUGAGAGGUCUGUAGGUUUGUGAUUAAAAUAAUAAAUGCUAGGCGUGUUUGAUGCGCUUUUAACUUUGGCAAA